AUGGGGGUGAGGCAGGAGUCAGUGCACGUAAGCAUCGACAGCGGUGCAUCGGAAUGCGAGGGCCGCGAGCGGAGACAGAGACUCAGACGGAGACAGAGACUCAGACGGAGACAGAGACUCAGACGGAGACAGAGACUCAGACGGAGAAGACGCAGACGGAGACAGAGACGCAGACGGAGACAGAGACGCAGACGGAGACAGAGACGCAGACGGAGACAGAGACAGCUGACCCCGCAGCUAGCUGCCGCGUCCGUCUAUUGA